AUGCUUAUGGAAAAUCUUCUACGUUCCAAAGAGUUUUGGGAUUUAAUUGAAAAUGGUGUCACCAUUGCUCUUGAGAAUCCAACACCAGAACAAGAAAAAGCUGCAAAGGAUAGUAAACUUCUUGAUCUUAAGGUGAAAAACUAUCUCUUUCAAUCCAUUGAUAGAACAAUCAUGGAAACUAGAUUGGUUAAAGAUUCAGCUAAGGAUAUUUGGGAUGCAAUGCGUAGGAAGUAUCAAGGUUCCGCCAAAGUGAAAUGUGCUCAAUUGCAAGCUUUGCGUAAAGAAUUUGAGAUUCUUGCAAUGAAGGAAGGUGAAACUAUUGAUAAAUACUUCGCAAUAACUCUUUCUAUUGCAAACAAGAUGACAACACAUGGUGAGAAGAUGGAUCAAACACUUGUUGUUGAAAAGAUUCUGAGAUCUUUAACAAGUAAAUUUAAUUACGUGCUGUGCUCAAUUCAUGAAUCAAAUGAUGUAACUACACUCUCAAUUAAUGAACUUCAUAGCAGUUUACUUGUUCAAGAACAACGCAUGAAAACUCAAAAUCAAGAAAUUGAUAUUGAACAAGCUUUGAAGGCAUCUAAUGGUGGAAGAGGAUCUGUAGGAUAUGGUAGAGGAAGAGGGCGUUCAGGUGUUAGAGGAAGGGGUAGAGGAAGAAUUAACAAUGGAAGUGUUGAAUGCUACAAAGUGUCACAAGCUGGGACACUAUCAAAAUGA